CACCUCACUUCCGUGACUACCCCACUCGUCUCACUCACUCCUCCACUCACGCCCCGUCCACCCCACAAUACUUUUUCUUUCUCCCUUUCUUCAACCUCUUCUUCCAAAAUCCAAUCUCACUCUCUCUCUUUUCUUCACCAAUCACCCAAAUUUCAAAAUGCCGAUCACCCUCGUUGACCAAAACGACAAUCCCAUCUACAUGCCAAUCCCCAACCCAAACCCCACACCAUCACCCUUCAACAUCACCCUCUUCGACAACCACCUCCCCUACGACACCCACAACACCUACUCCAUCACCAUCGACACCACCCUCACAAUCCAAACCCUCCUCACCUGUUCCCCCAUCCACGUCGAAUCUUGGCUCCUCGAAACCCAAUCCCUCUCCCCCGCAAUCAUCGGCCUUGACAUCGAAUGGCGUCCAAACUCCCAACGCGGCCAAUCCAACCCAGCCGCCACUCUUCAACUCUACACCAACAACCGCUGUCUUAUAUUCCAACUCAUCCAUUCCCCCUCCAUCCCCACUUUCCUCUUCACCUUCCUCUCUAACCCUAACAACAGAUUCGUCGGCGUCGGAAUUGAAUCCGACAUCGAGAAGAUUAUAGAAGACUACAACCUCACCGUUGCGAAUUAUGUUGAUCUGCGUAACCUUGCUGCUGAUGUGUUAGAGGAUCGUGAUUUGUUGAGAAGUGGGAUUAAGACAUUGGCGGAACGUGUUCUUGGGAAGAUUGUUGAGAAGCCGUCGAGGAUUACGAGGAGUAGGUGGGAUAAUCCAAUGCUUGAUUGGGAUCAGGUUAAGUAUGCUACUGUUGAUGCUUUUCUUUCCUUUGAGAUUGCUCGUCGUCUUUAUUCUCAUCAGGUUAUUGAAUGAUUGAAGAUGAUUGAUUCCUCUGUUUUUUUAUGUCGUUUUGAUGUGUUUGGUGUCGUUUUAACUUUAGGAUCUGCAAGUGUUCUUUUGGUAGAAUUCUAGUUUUAUGUUUAGGUGAAUUUGAUGAUGUAAUCGAUAUGAUUAUUCUGGGGUUGAAGUAGUUACUAUUUUAUGGUUUAUCAUUUGUGCCAGAAAUUUGUUCUUCGAAUCUUAGGUGAGUAUUUUAUUGUUUGAUUCUGCA